CUCAGCAGGUCUCUCUCCAAGAGUUAAAGCCACAAAGGAGCUGGCGUCGUGGCUGUGGUAGACUGUGGGGCAAUGUGUGUUUCACUAAUUUUAAGAGUUUACACAUUGUUGGCAAAGUUGUCAAAAUCUUGCUAUUCUGUAGACUGAGAGCUUAGGGUCACCGUGGUUCUUGUUGGGCAUUUAGUGCAACUGGUGCCCUUGAGGGACAGAUGUUCCGGAAAACUGGCAGACUUAUCUCACUGAGUGAGCAGAACCUUGUGGACUGCUCUCAGGCUCAAGGCAAUAAGGGCUGCAAUGGUGGCCUCAUGGAUAAUGCUUUCCAGUAUGUGAAGUCCAAUGGCGGCCUGGACUCAGAGGAGUCCUAUCCAUAUCAAGCAAAGGUUGGACCCUGCAGAUACAGGCCCGAGGACUCUGUUGCCAAUGACACCGGCUUCGUGGACGUCCCUGGGCAGGAGAGUGCCCUCAUGAAGGCAGUGGCAACCGUGGGGCCCAUCUCGGUGGCUAUAGAUGCAAGCCAUCUUAGCUUCCAGUUCUAUGAAGAUGGCGUUUAUUAUGAGCGGCGCUGCAGCAGCGUGCAUCUAGAUCAUGGCGUUCUGGUGGUUGGCUAUGGCUUUGAAGGAGAAGAAUCAAGUAACAAUACAUAUUGGAUUGUCAAGAACAGCUGGGGUGAAGGUUGGGGCCAGAAUGGCUACAUAAAGAUGGCCAAGGACCGGAACAACCACUGUGGAAUCGCCACCGCGGCCAGCUAUCCUACUGUGUGAGAUGAUGUGAUAAAGAAAGCCUUGAUGGAGAACAGGAGAUCCAGAGGAGGAAUUUUUAUCUUAAAACUGAGCACAUUUUACUUACUGGGAUACAACACUUGAAUCUUGAAGCUCCAAAAUGAUUUGCAUUCUGUGGUGUUUUAUAUUUGUUAAAAUGUUAGCACUUCUUUUAUAAGGAUGUAUAAAUUUUUACCUUUCAAAAUAAAACUUUAUUAUUAUUUUUAGUUCUCA